UACUCUCUAAGGGCAGCCAAGUUGAGGAUAAAAUGUGGAUAAGUGAUGCUUUAGCGGCUUUGGUGCAAGAAUCCCGAAAGAAGAGAAGAGAGAGCCACUCUCACUGUUUUCCAAGCUUGGUGAAAACGGCUUGAAGCCACCACAUCGCGUCUUUCAUUUAUGUCACAUGGCAGCCGGCGUCAGUCAUCAGCGCUCCACCUGAGCUCUGCAACUUAGUCUGAAGACGAUUUUUUUUUCUUCCUCUUCUUGCUGCUGAAGUUUUCUCACAGCCAGCUCUGUGACAGGAGCUCAAGAAGCGGGCCGCGUUCCAAUUCAUUAAAGCUCACAUUGCACACGAAGAAGAGUGUACUUCUGUUUCAUCCCAUCCGUCCUGCCUCAGCUCGAGAGGGUCACUGCCAUCACUACCUGCAGCGCUUACCAGGAUGAUGCAUGUAUCUCCACACUGGCUGAGGGGCGUGUCCCUGCUCCUGCUGCUCCAGACGGCCACUUCCAUGCCGAUGAACUCCACAGUCUUGGAGCAGAUUCUGGACAAGUAUAUGGAUGAGGAGGGGGACUGGUGGGAGGCCAAGCAUAGGGGGAAGAGGGCCAUCACCGACAGUGACGCUCAGCUCAUCCUGGACCUGCACAACAAGCUCAGGGGCCAGGUUUACCCUCCUGCUUCCAACAUGGAGUACAUGGUGUGGGACACAGAACUGGAGCGUACAGCAGAGGAGUGGGCAGAAACCUGUCUGUGGGAACACGGUCCUGCCGGUCUGCUGCCACAGAUCGGACAGAACCUGGGGGCACACUGGGGAAGGUAUCGCCCACCUACGUUCCAUGUGCAGGCCUGGUAUGAUGAAGUGAAAGACUACUCCUUCCCUUACCCUCAGGAGUGUAACCCCUAUUGUCCCUUCAGAUGUUCCGGGCCAGUGUGCACUCAUUACACACAGCUGGUUUGGGCCACCAGCAGUCGCAUCGGCUGUGCCAUCAACUUGUGUUACAACAUGAAUGUGUGGGGACAGAUUUGGGCCAAAGCCGUCUAUCUUGUCUGCAACUAUUCACCAAAGGGAAACUGGUGGGGCCAUUCGCCUUACAAACACGGGACCCCGUGCUCAGCCUGUCCUCCCAGCUAUGGAGGAGGCUGCAAGGACAACCUCUGCUACAAGGGUGACAGUUCCAGCCCCCCGCAAGAGGAAACGGAAGAAAACAACUUCAUUGAGCCCGAGGCCCCCCGUGCUCCUCAGAAGCCCUGGUCCAGGGCCUCCAAGCCUGAGCCUCCCAGCCUCCCUGCUCCAGCACCCACCAAGCCCCCCACAGAGGACCUGCAAAAGAAUGAAGUGGUCAACACACAGCAGAUGUCUCAGCUUGUGACCUGUGACACCAAGCUUCGAGAUCAGUGUAAAGGAACACCUUGUAAUAGAUAUGAGUGCCCAGCUGGUUGCCUAGAUGCUACAGGAAAAGUAGUUGGGACAGUAUACUAUGAAAUGCAAUCCAGCAUCUGCAGAGCUGGUCUACAUGCUGGUGUCAUAGAUAAUGAUGGAGGGUGGAUGGAUGUAACAAGACAAGGCAGAAAGGACUACUUCAUCAAAUCCAACAAGAAUGGAGUUCAGUCUGUAGGAAAAUAUCAAAGUGCUAAUUCCUUCACCGUCUCCAGAGUUGCAGUCAAAGCCAUCACAUGUGAAACCACAGUUGCACAGCUGUGUCCAUACCAAAAACCUGCAAAACACUGUCCAAGGUUAUACUGCCCGAGAAACUGUUUAGAAGAGAAUCCUCACAUAUCCAGAGUAAUCGGUACCAGAAUAUACUCUGAUAAGUCCAGUAUAUGCCGAACAGCCGUCCAUGCAGGAGUGAUCAGGAAUGACGUGGGUGGUUACAUUGAUGUGAUGCCAGUGGACAAACGGAAACACUACAUCGCUUCAUACCAGAAUGGCAUUUUCUCGGAGAGCCUUCAAAACCCUCCCGGAGGGAAGGCGUUCCGGGUGUUCGCUGUGAUUUGAGUGCCCCAGAGGGCGGCUUCACCAAACAGAAAGCGCACUCGGGUUGUUGAAUAGGCGGUAAUCAAGCCCUGUUGUCAAACUCGAUGACUGAAAUGUUUCUGGCUUUGCUACACUUCAAGGGUUAGAGGUCGUCUCCAUGACAGCGUAAACCCGGCAACAAAAACUUGACACGUACACAAGGAGAAACUGUCAGGACUCACUCGCUCUCAUUCUGCCGUCUUUGGCAAGAACUUUUAUGAACUGUAAAUAUCUCCAAAUAUUUUGUUGUAAAAAAAUGUGUUAAUAAUAUUACACUUGUUUUGUCUUUGUGCCAUUUCCUUGCCGUUUUUUAACAGACAGCUGUGUAUGAGUACUGAUUCUAGAAAUCCUCUGAUACAACAUUAUAAUGGCACUUAAGGAUGAAUAUCAUUUUUUUUCAUGUAUUACAUCUGGCACAUGUUUACUGGUGCUCUGGAGAGGUUUCUUGUCAUAUUUUGUAUUUUGUAAUGUUAGGGGAACAAAUUUCUAUGCAUUUAUUUUUAUAUGAUUAUGCAUUAUAUCGGUAUGAUUUAUAAAAGGAUGCUGCUAUAUAUAUAUAUACAUACAUAUAUAUAUAUAUAUAUAUUGUUUUUGUAUCAUUAUUAUAAUUGCCAGUGUGAUGGGUUUUGCUUGUUUGGUUAUUAUUCCAGAUAAUGUGGUUUAGUUAAAACUCCCUGCAGGUCGGGAAGUAGGCUCAUGUUAUUUUCUAAGAAAGAGAAACAAAACCAUGUGCCCAACUUCAUCAUGCAUCGCAGUCUACUUAUACGUUGCUACCCCAAAGAUGUUUUCAGGUCAUGUUUAUUCAUCUCCCCCACAACACAACGCCUCUAACACUACGCGGUAACAGUUUUAUUUCAUACAGUGUGUAGGAGAAUGAUGAUUUCAAAUCAACAAAUAUAUUUGUUCAUAUUCUACCAGCUCUCAGCUUUCUUAUCGGUCAAUAUCAUUGACAAUUAAAAGUAUUUUUGUCACUGUU